CAUAAAAUAUAAUUAAUGAACAUCAAUUUUGGAUUAUCCAGUAUUAUUCCCAUCCUUCUCAUCAGCAGCUGUUACAGCCUAGGCAUGAUGUGGUUUAUUUUCAGCAUCAUAACCACCCUCAUUUACUUUAUCAUCAGAUUCAUUUGUAAAUUAUUGACAUUUCCAGGAUCGUACUCAUUAUUUUUCAAAUACUAUUCAUUGUAUGACUAUAAUAAAGACAUCCUGUAUAAUACAAUAAAAAAACUCAAAGUCUUCAGAUAAUUAGAUAAUAGAAACUCAUAAGCACAAAUAUAAGAAGCCAAAGAUUACUUUACACUCUAACACUAAAUAUUCGAACAAAUGAAAGGAUAAUUAAAUUAAUAGUAAUAAACCUACUCAAAUUUAUUAUCUAACUUGAUGGAGCUAUUACUAUCUUAAUAGAAUUAGCAAUUAAUUUAGAAUUAAUCAAAUAAUAUCCAAAGAUUUUUCGAUUGCUACUUGGAUAAACUUCUUAAAAUCAACCCAAUUAUCAGACCCUUCAAAUCAGAUGUAUUAUUUGGAACUUUAGAGUAAUUUAGACAUGAAAUACUACUCACAAAUCCAAAUGCUUCCAGACACAUUAUUAAAUAUAAAAAUAUUUCAAUUGAUUGCAUUCACUUAGCAAAUAAUAGAUUAAACCGUCCUACAGUUUUGUUUUGCAAUCCAAAUGCCGCAUAUUAUGAAACCCUGUAUAAGAACGUAAAACCAUUUAUAAUAUUAGUGUACUUGGAUAAAAGUGUAUUAAGACCUGAAAAUUAACAUAAUUCUCUGGAAUUAUUGCGAAUAUGGUUGCAGUACUGGAACUGCAACUCCAACUAAUUUGAUUGAAUCAGGUAUUUUUGUUGUUCAAUACUUCCUGACAAAAUUUAAUAUAAAAACUUUAGGUGUUCAUGGAUCCUCUUUGGGAGGAAUGGUUGCAUAAGAAAUAGCUUACAAGCUUAAACUAUCCUUUUUGAUUGCAGAUAGAACCUUCUCUUCUUUAGGUUAGGUUGCGACAGCUUUAGUGUAAAUUAAAUUAUUAUUAAGCCUUAGGCUUGAUCUUUCAAUCGCAAGAUUUCUAUUUAAUUGUAUACUAAACUGGGAUAUUCCAAAUUAUUUAUCCUUUUGUGAAUUCAGAGGGCCCAAAUUGAUAAUUCAAGAUCAAAAUGAUGAAAUUAUAGCGUAUAAAGCAUAAUUGUAAACAGGUGUGGUUAGAUAGUUCUUUACAAAUUAAACAUACUCACCAUUACACUCCUACUUCAAUCUUGAAUCUAAAUGUAAUUACCCAUAAUUAUUUAAAUAGAAUAUAUGGAUUUUUUUUUUAGCCAAAUACUGCCUAAAACUGAAACAAUGAGGUUUAGUUAAUCUCUAAAAAUAUUAAUACAUAGUUAAAACAAUUAAGAAUUGUAUUAGGACUUAAAAGCACUGCUUACAUAAAUAGAGUAUUGUCAGAAUCAAUUCUUGGCUGUUAUGGAUACAAAUCCUACACCAGAAAAAAUUGCUUUAUUUUUUGGUAGUUGCUUUAUGUUCAAUUAAAAGAUAGCUAAACCUAUAGGAAAAAUAAGAAAUGAUACUAGAAGACCUUUAGAGCAACAUAAUUCAUAAUUUAAAGAACGCCAUGAACAUGUUGAGAUAAUUGUAAAUUGCAUCAAUAAAAUUGCUAAAAAUUUUAGUUAAACUUAGUAAAUUUAAAGAUUGAGAUAAAGAAGAAAUUAGAAAUAUAUUGAUUACUUAAUAGCAGUUAAUUGCGGACAUAAUGGAAACUUAGAUAUGAAAGAAGAGGAAGAGUUUAAGAAAUAUUUUUUGUCUAAAUUAAUUAUGGGAGCUUAAAUUUGA